AGUUGGCUUUCUGCAGCGGUACAUGCAGCAAGCGUGCGGUCGGUCCGGUUUAAUAUUCAGUCAAGGACAAAAAAGGGGCUAAAAGGAUAACUACAAUAGUUUGUGACGUGGUAAUUCCUAUAAAACAAAGCUAUUGCACACUGUGAGUAUUUUGGUGAGUGAAUCAAUAUGUAUUUGCCGUACUCGCAACUGCCGGAUCCGACGGAUAAAUUCGAAAUCUAUGAGGAAAUUGCACAGGGUGUAAAUGCCAAGGUAUUUCGGGCCAAGGAACUGGACAAUGAUCGCAUCGUUGCAUUGAAGAUUCAGCAUUAUGAUGAGGAACAUCAGGUGUCCAUUGAGGAGGAGUAUCGCACGCUGAGGGAUUACUGUGCACAUCCUAAUCUGCCCGAAUUCUAUGGCGUCUACAAGCUAUCGAAACCCAAUGGACCCGAUGAGAUCUGGUUUGUCAUGGAGUAUUGUGCUGGUGGCACCGCUGUGGACAUGGUUAAUAGAUUACUCAAGUUGGAUCGUCGCAUGCGGGAGGAGCACAUCGCCUACAUCAUUCGGGAAACUUGUCGUGCGGCCAUCGAGUUGAAUCGGAAUCAUGUGCUCCAUCGGGACAUACGGGGCGAUAACAUACUCCUGACCAAGAAUGGACGCGUUAAGCUUUGUGAUUUUGGACUGUCGCGUCAGGUGGACUCGACGAUGGGCAAGAGAGGCACCUGCAUUGGUUCGCCCUGUUGGAUGGCACCCGAAGUCGUGACUGCCAUGGAGUCUAGGGAGCCGGAUAUAACUGUUCGUGCCGAUGUCUGGGCUCUGGGCAUCACAGCCAUUGAGUUGGCGGAUGGUAAACCUCCAUUUGCUGAUAUGCAUCCCACAAGGGCCAUGUUCGCGAUUGUGCGAAAUCCCCCGCCCACAUUGACACGCCCCACGAACUGGUCGCAGCAGAUCAAUGAUUUUAUUUCCGAGUGUCUGGAGAAGAAUGCCGAGAAUCGUCCCAUGAUGGUUGAGAUGGUAGAGCAUCCGUUUUUGACGGAACUCAUUGAGAACGAGGACGAGAUGCGAUCAGACCUCUCCGAGAUGUUGGAGCUGGCACGCGAUGUCAAGACGUUGUACAAGGAGCCCGAGCUCUUUGUGGAUCGCGGAUAUAUCAAGCGUUUUGAGGAGAAACCCGAACGCAUGUAUCCCGAGGAUUUGGCUGCUCUCGAGAAUCCUGUGGAUGAGAGCAUCAUCGAUUCAUUGCGCAAUCGCAUGGAAAUGGGAGAGUCCUAUAGUUUUAUAGGCGAUAUACUGCUCUCUUUGAACUCCAAUGAGAUCAAACAGGAGUUCAGCAAUGAGUUCCAUGCCAAGUACAAAUUCAAGUCCAGAUCGGAGAAUCAACCGCAUAUUUUCUCCGUGGCGGAUAUUGCCUACCAAGACAUGUUGCACCACCGUGAGCCACAGCACGUGAUCUUCUCCGGAGAGAGUUAUGCCGGCAAAUCGACCAAUGCCCGAUUAUUGAUCAAGCAUCUCUGUUAUCUCGGAGAUGGCAAUCGUGGUGCCACCGGACGUGUCGAGAGCUCGAUUAAAGCCAUACUGAUGUUGGUGAAUGCAGGAACUCCGGUUAAUACCGACUCCACACGGUGUGUCAUGCAGUAUUGCCUGACAUUUGGCAAGACCGGAAAGAUGAGCGGUGCCGUCUUUAACAUGUAUAUGCUGGAAAAACUUCGCGUUGCCACCACGGAUGGCACUCAGCAUAACUUUCAUAUAUUUUACUAUUUCUAUGACUUUAUCAAUCAGCAGAAUCAGCUCAAGGAUUAUAAUUUGAAGGCGGAUCGCAAUUAUCGCUAUCUACGCAUACCGCCAGAUGUACCUCCAUCCAAGUUAAAGUACCGUCGUGACGACCCCGAGGGAAAUGUGGAACGUUUUCGGGAGUUCGAGAGCAUUCUACGUGAUCUGGAUUUCAGUCACAAACAGUUGGAAACGGUUAGGAAAGUGCUUUCAGCUAUACUCAAUAUUGGCAACAUACGCUUCCGUCAAUCGGGCAAAUAUGCAGAGGUGGAAAACACGGAUAUCGUCUGCAGAAUUGCAGAUUUGCUUCGUGUGGAUGAGAAGAAAUUCAUGUGGUCCUUAACCAAUUUCAUAAUGGUUAAGGGUGGCAUUGCGGAACGAAGACAGUAUACCACGGAGGAGGCAAGGGAUGCCAGGGAUGCGGUGGCUUCCACAAUUUACUCGCGUCUCGUCGACUUUAUUAUCAAUCGUAUCAACAUGAACAUGUCCUUUCCCCGCGCCGUCUUCGGCGAUACCAAUGCAAUUAUUGUGCAUGAUAUGUAUGGUUUUGAGUGCUUCCAUCGCAACGGUCUCGAACAGUUGAUCAUUAAUACACUGAAUGAACAGAUGCAAUAUCAUUAUAAUCAACGCAUUUUCAUCAGUGAAAUGCUUGAAAUGGAGGCCGAGGAUAUCGAUACCAUUAAUCUAAACUUUUAUGAUAACAAGACGGCUCUUGAUAACCUGUUGACCAAGCCAGACGGACUUUUUUAUAUUAUUGACGAUGCCUCGCGUUCGUGUCAGGAUCAGGACUUGAUUAUAGAUCGCGUGUCGGAAAAGCACAGCCAGUUUGUGAAGAAGCACACUGCCACAGAGAUAUCGGUGGCCCAUUAUACGGGCCGAAUCAUUUACGAUACUCGCGCCUUCACCGACAUCAAUCGCGACUUUGUGCCGCCCGAGAUGAUCGAAACGUUCCGCUCCUCGCUGGACGAGAGCAUCAUGCUCAUGUUUACCAAUCAGUUGACCAAGGCUGGAAAUCUAACCAUGCCAUUUGAGGCCGUUCAACAUAAGGACGAGACCGAACGCAAAUCCUAUAACCUGAAUACGUUGAGCGCUGGCUGCAUCUCCCAGGUGAAUAACUUGCGCACCAUGGCCGCCAAUUUUCGCUUUACCUGCCUGACCCUGCUUAAGCUGCUCAGCCAGAAUGCGAAUCUCGGUGUGCACUUUGUACGCUGCAUAAGAGCUGAUCUGGAGUACAAGCCACGUGCCUUCCACUCGGAUGUGGUGCAGCAACAGAUGAAGGCUCUGGGCGUGCUGGACACGGUUAUAGCUCGGCAGAAGGGUCACUCCACACGUCUGCCCUUCGAUGAGUUCCUCAAGCGCUAUCAGUUCUUGGCCUUUGACUUCGAUGAGCCUGUGGAAAUGACCAAGGACAAUUGCCGUCUAUUGUUUUUGCGCUUGAAAAUGGAGGGAUGGGCUCUGGGAAAGAACAAGGUCUUUUUGCGCUAUUACAACGAUGAGUUUCUGGCCAGGCAAUAUGAGCAGCAGGUAAAGAAGGUCAUCAAGGUGCAGUCCAUGAUGCGGGCUUUGCUUGCACGCAAGCGUGUCAAGGGUGGCAAAGUUUUCAAACUGGGCAAGAAGGGACCGGGCCAACAUGAUGAGGCUGCUUCAAAAAUACAAAAAGCCUUUCGUGGCUUCCGCGACCGCGUACGCUUGCCCCCCUUGGUGAAUGAGAAGUCUGGACAGCUGAAUGAGAAUACGGCGGAUUUUAUACGGCCCUAUGCCAAGAAGUGGCGUGAAAAGUCCAUAUUCCAGGUGCUGCUCCAUUAUCGUGCCGCACGCUUUCAAGAUUUCGUCAAUCUCUCACAGCAGGUGCACAUCUAUAACCAACGCAUGGUGGCUGGCCUCAACAAAUGCACUCGAGCUGUGCCCUUCGAGCGGAUUAAUAUGCGUGAGGUAAACUCCUCGCAGCUGGGACCAUUGCCUGUUCCCAUUAAGAAGAUGCCCUUCCGCUUGGAUCAGAUUCCCUUCUACGACACACAGUAUAUGGUGGAUCCUGCCAAUUCCAUUUCUCGCCAAACAUUUCCCAAUCAUUUGCUGCUGCAGCAACAGGAGGAGGAUGAGCCCUGGGACAGUCCUUUGCAGCGUAAUCCCUCGAUGACCUCGUGCUUGCUCACAUACAAUGCGUAUAAGAAGGAGCAGGCCUGCCAGACCAACUGGGAUCGCAUGGGAGAAAGCGAUAAUAUAUACAACCAGAGCUACUUUCGGGAUCCACAACAGCUGAAACGAAAUCAAAUGCAAAGGAAUAUGAAUGACUACAACAAUGCUUACAACACCUACAACAGCAACUAUCAGAGCAACAACACCAAUUGGGGUGUCCAUCGAUCGGGUUCACGUCGCAAUUCCUUGAAGGGUUAUGCAGCGCCACCGCCUCCACCACCGCCAAUGCCCUCAUCCAAUUAUUAUCGCAAUAAUCCCAGUCAGCAGCAGCGUAACUAUCAACAACGCUCCUCCUAUCCACCCACAGAUCCAGUGCGGGAACUUCAAAAUAUGGCGCGACACAACGAAGGCGAUAACUCGGAGGAUGCACCAUUCAAUUUCAAGGCCAUGCUGCGCAAGACGAAUUAUCCACGAGGCUCAGAGACGAGCACAUACGAUUUCCACAAUCGUCAUGAUUCCGACAAUGAUCAGCGGCAUCAACACACAUUCCAGGCGCCCAAGUUGCGAUCCACGGGGCGACGCUUCGAUGAGCAAGAACAAAGUGGUGGCAACUAUGGAGUGUCACGCAACUUUGGCCAGCGUGCACCACCGUUGCGCCAAACACCACCCAGUGUGGGUCGCAGUUUUGAGGAUAGCAACGCACGCUCCUUUGAGGAGGCGGGAUCCUAUGUGGAAGAGGAGAUUGCACCAGGAGUGACACUCUCCGGGUAUGCAGUGGACAUUUAA